CUUCGGCGCGGCAUGGGGGGAGCCGGCUUGGAGUUCCGGGUGAAGCCUCUGCCGCGGGUUUCGCUGGGCUUGUGGUUGUCACUGGUUAACAGUGGCUGGAUCAGAAGUGACUGACGACAUAUCUAUCUCAAGUCCUUAAAUUAUUUUCAAUAUGGCUGGAACCAUUACUGAUACAGGGGAGCUCUACUCUCCUUAUGUUGGCUUGAUUUACAUGUUCAACCUCAUAGUUGGCACAGGAGCUCUAACUAUGCCAAAGGCCUUUGCUACUGCUGGUUGGCUUGUCAGCCUUAUUCUAAUAAUGUUCCUGGGGUUUAUGAGCUAUAUGACCACAACUUUUGUAAUGGAGGCCAUGGCUGCAGCAAAUGCUCAGCUUCACUUAAAGAGAAUGGAAAAGCACAAGGAAGAUGAUAAUGAUGAUGAAGAAGAUUCUUCAUCUGGAGUUUCUGAUAGUGAUGUUCUCCCAGAUGUCUAUGAACGAUCAGAAACACGGCCUAUUCUAUCUAUUCAGAGACGAGGAGCACCUAAUAUUUUUGAAAUCACAGAAAGGGUGGAAAUGGGUCAGAUGGCCUCCAUGUUCUUCAAUAAAGAUUUCAAGGUGAAGAUAAAGAGAACAUCUUUACAAACCUCAUUUUAUCAAAUGAGAAGGGCUCUCACUUUGGUUAAUGAUAAUGAAUACAAAAUGUCAUCUGAAAAAUGGACUCUUUGAAGAAUGACAGUCUAAUUCUGCUGUAUUCCUCUGAUUAAAUUACAGCUGUUCCUAAUUCAGUUUUUUCUGAGAAACCCAGUAUUAGCUUUUAAAAUAGUUACUAUCUUGUCCUUACAUUUACCGAGAUAUACUGAGGACCAGGUUAUCUGAGGAGCCGUCUCACCCCUGUUAUAUCAGCCCGCCCCACUAGGUCCAGCAGAAAGGGCAU